GCACGGGAGGAGGUUGUUGCACGUCCGCUCUCUACUGUGUCGAGGAAGCAAGAUGAGGGGGAUUUCCCUGCUAGUGGCAGCGAUCCUGGUGGCGACGGUGGCUGCUGCUCCCAACACCUGUCGUCGUGGGAGGAAGUGUAGAACCCGUGGAGGCACCACCACUGACACCACCACCAUUCCCACCACCACUUCCACUGACACCACCACCACUGACACCACUACCACCAGCGCCAGCCUCUCCUCCACCACCAGACCCCUCAAGAAACCCUCCCUGAGGCGUCCUGUGAAGGGCCAAGAGGCCGUUGCCGAGGCUGCUGCCGCCAAAGAGGUGACAGACGGGGUGACGGAGGAGGCGACGAAGGACGUGACGGAGGAGAUCCGACGUGUCGGUGUCAAUGGGUGGCUGGCGGCGCCGACGGCCGCACCGCUCAAGAGCCGGACAUCACCACCCAGAAAGGCUGACAGGCCGGGGCACUGCGAGACGCCCAAGGGGUUCGGGAUCAAGUGCAAGAGCGGGACGGACCAGUGUAAGUACGACGACCAGUGCCCCAACUCCACCAAGUGCUGCAUGGUAGACCAGUGCGGCCGACUCUGCGUCACGCCCAAACCUACUUCCGAUGAAGCUAAGGAGCCGACGAAAGAUGGUGAGAAGACUGGCGCUAAGAAGAACAAGGAGGAGGAGAAGAAGGAAGUUGAAGUAAAUGAGGGAGGAGGAGACAAGGUCUCGGAAAAGGGUGGAAAUGGUGAAUCUCGCGAAGCCGUUGAUACGAAGGCGGUGACCAGCGAGGCCCCGUUUGAGCCUGUCAGGGAAGUGUCCAAGAAGACAGAAGAAAAUGUGGCAGUGAAGGACAAGACAGUAAAAACAGUGGAUAGCAAGAAGAAAGAAGGGACGGAGGAAAACACCCCAAGAGAGACCUCGACGGCGGCCAUGACCGAAGACUCCGCCGUUGACGAGGUUACCAACAGGUCAACAGAGGCGUAAACCAAGAGUUUAGCUGGAACCCGUUUUCUUCAUGCUUAGCCAGGAUGAAGUCCACUACGGGCUCACCAUAGCCCGUGCUACUUGGAACAUUUUGUUCCAAGUAGCGAAUCUUAAACAACAACAAUAACAACGACGAUGUUACAGAGGCAUCGUGUUUCCGUACCAAGAAAUACGUGUUCCUCUAUGAAUCACUUGUUUAUAAUAGCAACUAUUUUAUCCCGGAAAUAUUAUAUUGUUGCAUAUAUUGUACCUAAAAAUAUAGUUGUUUAUAUAUAAGACUAUUUAAAUAUUUUUUGUUUAAAUCUACGAAUGAACGAAACUUUUAUCUAGGGUUUUAGCAUCACUUAAAUUAAAAUAGAUAUCCGUAAUGUACUCUGAUAUAUAUGAUCAGUUAUAAAUAGGAGCUGCCUCGUAUGGGCCAAUAGGCCUUCUGCAGUUGCCUUUGUUCUUAUGUUCUUAUGAUAUGGUCGACACUCAUCGCUCCUUUAACCAAAUUAAACUUUUCUUGUAAAUGUUACCGAAAAUAGGUCACAGGUAAUUUAGUACAAGUUUUCGUUCUUUUGUUAACGCAGGUAAAGGCUGGAACUUUAUCUUUAGUCUCAGGCUUUUUGUUUUAUAUCAUUUAUAGGCUUCUUAGUUGUCAUGUGUUGCUUGUCCGUAUGUUUGGCGAAGCGUUCUCAUUGGUUGAUGUAGCCCAGAUACAGGUUAGCUGGCCAAUCAUAUUUUUACUCUGGAAAUUUGUGAAAACAAAACGUUUUUAGUAAGUCAUUUACCCAAAAAUUGUAUAUAAAUCUGUAUUAAUCAAAUUAAAUUGUUUUAUCAUUUA